CGAAAUGUGACCUGAACCUCGCGGGAGAAGAUGUUUGCCCGUUCGGGUAUGCAGGCGCUUGUCUGGAAUAUCAAUCAUGAUCAUGAAAGAGGCCCGGUUCUAGCGAGAACGUCUGAUUGGCUCCGGGUGAGCUUUUCUGUGCCUUCGAGAUUACAAAUAGAGUUCCGACUCACCCAAAUUACGGCAUUUUAUUUUUAGCGCAAGUUGCUUUGGUCGAACGGGGACCGCUCAGUGUUGCAGCUUAUGAGAUGCACACUUCCAACCAUGUGACCCUUGACGUGAAUGUCUGAAGUUUAGCCUAAAUCCGGAUCUCGUCUGAGGGUCCGCAUGGUUGAGAUGGACUUCGAGCCUACCGAUGGCUUUUUGUUGAUUAUGAUGUCAAACAUAAACAACUACCUCAGCAAUGUAGAGGCCAUUAGUAGGUCCCAUACAAAUAUAGUCAUUUAGAUCUCUGCACCAGUUCACAUCUUUCUUGGAUUUCAGACGAUUACCGGAAUACAUCUCGGACUGCGAUUCAUUCUCGAUUCAAGCUCUCAUACAGUUUCGCUCUGCGAUCAUGUGAGACUCCCAGCAUGUGCUCCAUUUCCUUUGUCAACUCAUUGACAUUGGUCACGUGCACAAACAUCCGCUUGGCAAUCAAGCUAAUCAUCAAAGACAACAGUGUACAAGCAACGCGGAUAGAAGGAAGGCCCAACGAAAUGUGCGGAGGGAAAAGAGAGAAAGAAGGGGAAAAAGAACGACAGGAACACACGGGCACAAAGAGGCAGGCAUCAAACUCUAAAUAUCGUGUCUUGCAUAUCAACUGAUUUAAAGAAGUCGUCGUUGGAGGUUAGCUCGUGCAAACGAAUUAGGAUCUACGAUGUCAUUAGUCCAGCCUUGUUUGCAAUGUCUCUUCGUCUCCAUAUGCUACAACCAGAUUGGGGGAAGGUCUGGAUCACGAAGAUUGUUUUACGAACAUGGGGCGGAUAUGCACUUGCUGUUAAAUAAAAGUUGGUGCCAUUGCCAUCCCCUUGGGACCUUUUGACGCAAACCUUUCAACGAGGAACGAAAGCUACAUUUGGUUAUGGAAUUCUCACAGUGCAAAAGAAGGCCGGCCUUGGAGAUAUGUCUGGCCCCAGAUGCAUCCAACUUCAGACGCUUUUGAAAAGGCUACAAGCCCGAAAAUGAUGGUACGCGAUCAGCAAAUAGACUAGUCAAACACUUGGGGUCCACCAGAGCACUAAGGGUGGGCUCAAAGCUCACAUCGUCUCAUGUGGACCAAGCACGAAAAUGUGGGAGGUGCGAUAUUAUCCCUCACAGCGCAAGUCACGAGAACUUGGAACUCUGUGCUCACUCCGAACAGGAAUGCAAGUGAAAAAACCCCUCGUAGGAAACAAAAAAUUUGGUCACGACAAGCUCAUUAGGGGCAUCCAUCCUUGUAGCAGAUAGGGGACAUCUCGCAAAUGGCCGUGGACGAGAUCAGCUGGAACGGAAUUGGCACGAAGCGAAGACGAAGACGAAGAAGAACGAAGGUAGAAGAACUCGUGUGCAGAACAGUUAACGAGUGUAGAGUAGCAUGCGCAAGACGUCGUGUGACCAAAUCGAAAAGGCGGGGGAGAGUUCGGACAAGGAUGGUGGUGGUCCAUGCGGACCACCUGUGGGCGGAGGACAAGUUUCAUGGUUGCUGCGAUCCCGGGGGUUGAUGCACCUCACCGAACUAGUAGUUCUUGGCAUGCUUCCGUCGCCCGAGUGCCGAUCUUUGUCAUGGCAGCUCCCCUUCUCCUUUACAGCCACCACUCUAUUACCUCAGCUCAGCUCUCGUCCUUUUCCCGGCCAUCGACAUGCUCCAAGCCAUGUGUAGCUGACGUACUGUGUGUUCACCAGCACCAGGAUAUCCCACUGACCAUGUUUUUUCUUGAGUAGAUGUUUUUUGUUCACAUUUGAUAUCAACAUACGCUUCAAUGGCGCUAGCAAUGUCAUGAUACAUGCACCGGCACCCCCGAGUGAGAUAGGGUUUUCUUUGCCAUUGCUUGCCGUGAGCAUACCUAGGCCCUCGAAGUAUAAGAUUUGACGAGGGGUGCUCGGAGCAAUCUUUUCAGCUCUCAAAAAGUGUGC